AUGAGUGGUAUUAAUGGAAAUGGAAAUAUAGGUGACGAUAAAUCAAAUAAUAACAAUGCAGUCAAUAAUCUGGUUAUUGGUUUGAAUAAAUCGUUUCAAACACUAAAUAUAGAAAAUGUCAAUAAUAAUAGCAAUGGUCUUUCAUUGUCACCACAUAGAAACAACAAUACGACUGCAGCGUUAGACCCAUCGAUAGGUGCACCACAAAUAGCAACGACAGCCAGCUCGACAACCUCUUCCUUCAAAAUGGUUGUACCCAAUAAAUCACAAAGACCUAGAGCACUCUCUCCAUUAAGUAAAGAGAAACAGAGAGUAUCUUUUUCACCUUUGGUUGUAGAAAUCAAUGAAAAUAACCAUGUAAAUAAUAGUAAUAAUAAUGAACAAAAUGAUAAUAUAGAUACCGAUAAUAAUAAUAAUAGUAAUAAUAAUAAUAAUAAUAGUAUAGAAAAUAAUUUUAAUAAUAAUAAUAAUAAUAAUCAACUCAAUUCACAAAACAUAAAUAUUUUCAUUAAUAGUUUGAAUCACCAUGUUUCUUCCAAUGAUAGUAAAAUGACGUUUAAUAAGCUAAGUGGAAGUUCAUCUGAAAUAUUUCAAUUCGAUGAAGAAUAUGAAGAAGAUAUGGAGAGUAAAAAUUUGCCUGUAAUUACAGAGGUGGAGAUGGCUGAUGACGACGACGACGAACAACCUCCCAACUAUAUGUCAGUGGAAGGUGGAAACAGAUCGAGAAGCAAUGGUAUAAUGCAGGAACUCAAACUUGGUACAUCACUACCAAUGGAAAUCCCAUCGAAACUUGCACAGAGUCUACAAAAGAAUUCUGUGGCAAUGGAUUUCUCAUAUAACGAUAAUGAAAAGAAGAAAUAUGUUACACCAAGACAAAGUUGGGUUGAUACACUCAAUAGUAAAGAUGAAGUUUCCAUGUCAUUUGCAGUGCCUUUAUCAUUGAGUAGGAAAUCAAAUAUUGUAACAAAUUUAAAUAAAGAUAUUGCCUUGUUCCAAUCUAAUUUAAUCAUUCAUAUGAAUCAAUAA